AUGGAGGAAGAUGAUGAACUUUGUAACACAACACUUGAUUUGGGAAUCGGAUUAAAAAAAUUCGUGCCGCAAAGGGAUCAUGAUCGGAAGAAUAAGCACGUGUUUUUUCUUGAUCUUUCGAUCCCACUUCAUUCGAGUGAUCAUGCAAUUGAGGGCUCGGGUUCUGGUUCUGGUUCUGAUUCAGGUUCUGGUUCGAGUAGUUUGAAAGUCAAUUUUGAAGACCACAAACAAGCAAGCAAAGACAGUGUUUCCAAUGGUUGCAAAGGGGAUGAAGACAGAAACUAUGGCAGAAAGAAAUUGAGGCUUAGUAAAGAACAAAUCACCUUGCUUGAAGACACUUUCAAACAGCACACUACCCUUAAUACGGUUCAGAAACAGACGCUUGCAGAAAGGUUGAAUCUGAAACCCAGACAAGUAGAAGUUUGGUUUCAAAACCGAAGAGCAAGGACGAAACUGAAGCAAACCGAGGUGGACUGCGAGUUCUUGAAGAAACACUUCGAAAGAUUAAGCGAAGAGAAUCGGAGAUUGAAUAAAGAGUUGGUGGAGCUACAGUCCGCCGUGAAAAUGGAACACCCACCGCAGACGCCGCCUCCUUUUUUCAUUCAGAUACCUAAGGCGGCGGCAACACUUACAAUGUGUCAGUCGUGCGAGAAAGUUGGCAAGAGUAGGGGCGGCGACGGCGGAAAAGCAGGAGGUGGUCCAUUAACCUAA